AUGCUUCCGCCUCCACAGGUGGAAGUUGGACAAGACACUCACAUCACAGUGCAGGGAUGUGCACACCCUGUUGUGGGCGCCAUUGUCAACGGGUCAUUCAUCCGCAAUGGGGAGAAUCACGGCAAGCCUGUGUACAAGAAGACGGAGCAGACCAAAGACGGAGUGGACGUGCUGAUCUACUUUUGGAAUGAUGUGCAGAACCCCACCUUCUGUGGAUGGUGGUUUGGUCCUGAAGUGGGUGCUGAGCAGGUUUGGGCUUUCAAUUCCAGCCGGCUGACCACGGCGCCAUUGAGUGGCUGGAAAGUGCCCUAUGACGGUCCAGUGGAUCCGCAAUUUCACAUUUCAGUGGACAGGAAGGCCUCGGAGAAUGAGCGGCGGUUGAAGGCAGAGGCGGAUGCCAAGCGCCAUGCGGAGGUGAACCGGGCCUUAAAGCAAAUCCGCCACGCGAUGAGCAAGCUCAAGCAUGUGAGGGUCGACAAUCUCGAGCAGUUGGAGACAGAGCUGAGAGAGGUCAUGGCCAAGGAACCAUGGUAG